CUAUAAUCAUCAUUUAAAUACACAACAGACAUCCUACCCAUUAACCAAGUCGUCAUUGUAUCCGUUACACUUCCUCCCGUUUCUCCUCACUCUCUUUCUCUUUCUAAACCUCCAUUGUCAGAGAAACCACCGCGAAUUUUUUCUCUCUGAACCUCCUAAAAUGGCGACGAGUCCAGAAACGAAGAAAAGUUGGUUUGUGAAGAGGUUGAUGACCAAAGAAGCGUGGAGAUGGCGAGUAUUAAGCUCUGGUUUUAGGUUUAAAUGGAAGAAGCUUAAUAAAUUUAAAUUCUCGUUCCUUCAAGAUUUGUUGUUCAAGUUUGUUUCAGUUUUCGAGGCAAUUUUCCUUGUUUCUAGUCUCUGUUUCUUUUACCUCUGUUGCGGCUGCCAAUUUUGACUUAAAAUCUGUCACAUCUCAUCAUCUCGCUCGCUGUUGUUUGUAAGUAAUUCAGUUCAUGGAGUAUUGUUCUUCCUGGAGAAGAAGAAUUCGUCUGAUCUACUGCACUUUUUCACUAAUAUCUCUAUAAAUUGUAAAAGAAAAACUAGAAAUAUUAAUUUAUUUUUUUCAGUUGUAUUCUGUUUUUAAAAAUGUAAUUUCUUUUGUAUAGCAUCCUAAUCUAAUUAGAGCUGCAUAAAUUAAAACUUAUUGUCAUUUUGUAUUAGCAGUACACAGCUUUUGUUUUUCUCUGUUUUGAUAGAAGUAUGUACCAAUUUUUACCAUUGA